GGCAAUGGCUAGCAGUCUCACGCUAAUGAAUCCUCUCUGGAAGGGCGAGUUCCAGAAAGGGGCGGGAACUUCCGAAUGCGUAAUUCCUGUGCGCGAAGUUCGCGUCCGCUGUGGGCGCCGGGGAGGGUUUAGAAGGGAGCGCACUUCCGGUGCCCUUUCUUCCGCGAGCACCGCGGGCCCCGGACCCUCGUGUGAAGGGUGCGAUCUCCGAACUGGAGUGGGAUUGAGGUGGGCGGGCACCCGCUUCUGACCUCUGGUGCCGCCGGCCUCAGGAUCGGACAUGGCCCAGAACUUGAAGGACUUAGCGGGACGGCUGCCCUCCGGGCCCCGGGGCAUGGGCACGGCGCUGAAGCUGCUGCUGGGGGCCGGCGCCGUGGCGUACGGCGUCCGCGAAUCCGUGUUCACCGUGGAAGGCGGGCACAGAGCCAUUUUCUUUAAUCGGAUCGGUGGCGUGCAGCAGGACACCAUACUGGCCGAAGGCCUUCACUUCAGGAUCCCCUGGUUCCAGUACCCCAUCAUCUAUGACAUUCGGGCCAGACCCCGAAAAAUUUCCUCCCCCACAGGCUCCAAAGACCUGCAGAUGGUGAACAUCUCCCUGCGAGUGCUGUCUCGACCCAAUGCCAUGGAGCUUCCCAGCAUGUAUCAGCGUCUAGGGCUAGACUACGAGGAGCGAGUGCUGCCGUCCAUUGUCAACGAGGUGCUGAAGAGUGUGGUGGCCAAGUUCAAUGCCUCACAGCUGAUCACCCAGCGGGCCCAGGUAUCCUUGUUGAUCCGGCGGGAGUUGACAGAAAGAGCCAAGGACUUCAGCCUCAUUCUGGAUGAUGUGGCCAUCACAGAGCUCAGCUUUAGCCGAGAAUACACAGCUGCUGUGGAAGCCAAACAAGUGGCUCAGCAGGAGGCCCAGCGGGCCCAGUUUUUGGUGGAAAAAGCAAAGCAGGAACAGCGGCAGAAGAUUGUGCAGGCUGAGGGUGAGGCUGAGGCCGCCAAAAUGCUUGGAGAAGCCCUGAGCAAGAACCCUGGCUAUAUCAAACUGCGCAAGAUCCGGGCAGCCCAGAACAUCUCCAAGACGAUUGCCACAUCACAGAACCGUAUCUAUCUCACUGCUGACAACCUCGUCCUGAACCUACAGGAUGAAAGUUUCACCCGAGGCAGGUAAGUUGGUGACGCGUCCUUGUUUCUCUGGGGUCUUGCAGUUCAUCUCCCAGUACCUGCCUCUUUCCCCACCGCCUCUCCAUUCUCACCUCAUGACACACGCCCCCUCACUCAGGGAGGAGGGAGUGGCCUGAGUUCUUCUGCCUCUCGCAUUUAUGUUCUCUAAUAGUGCCAUCUGUCCCAUUUCCACAGUGACAGCCUCAUCAAGGGUAAGAAAUGAGCCUGGUGACCGGGAACUCCACUCCCAGAGAAGAAGUGGAUCUGUUCCUCCCCUGGUUUUUGAGGAGCCAGCUUAGGGUCCAGCGCACCCCCAUCCCACCCCCAGUAUCAUGUGAUGGUCCCUCUCGCAUCUGUCCUCCCAACCCUUCUUGGAUGAACAAAGCCUGACAAGUUUUCUGGGGAAUGAUUUUGCUCCUCCCUGUGUCGGCCAGAGGUGUUGGGACAGUGUGAUUUUGGAGUGAUUGCCUACAGUGUUGGUUCCUCCCUCCAGGUCGGGAGGCGACAACCACCAUCCCAGGAAUUCUCAAUAAAUUUUUAUUACUUAAACUCAA